UUCGCACAAAAUCUUCUGGGGGGAGGAGUAGCCAAAUCCAUGGGCCUCGUGAAAAGGCUGAAUGCAGUCAGCACUGAGUCGGACGACCUAUUCGGGGAAAUAGGACUGUUACAGUGUGACCCCGUCAAAAUUGUGCUGAAAGCAGACGCAGAGCCCUACGUCACCACAACGCCGCGCCGAGUGCCGUUUCCCCUCCUGCCCAAGGUUGAAAAAGAGCUAGGGCGCAUGUUAGAGUUGGGCAUAAUCGAGCACGUCACGGGCCCGACUGACUGGUGCGCGCCCAUGGUGCCUGCUGAGAAAAAGAAUAAAGACCAGGUCAGAGUGUGUGUGGAUCUCAAAAGGCUGAACAAGGCUGUCAAGCGAGAACUGUACGUGUUACCCACACUGGAGGACAUUGCUCCCAAGCUAGCCGGGGCAAAAGUGUUCUCCACACUAGAUGCCUCUAGUGGCUUCUGGCAAAUUCCCCUAGACCCCGACAGUCAGAAACUGACCACCUUUAUUACGCCCAUGGGCAGGUUUUGCUUCAAGCGGCUCCCAUUCGGGAUUUCGUCAGCGCCUGAAAUUUUUCAAAGACUCAUGACCGACCUGCUCAGCGGCCACGAGGGAGUCGUGGUCGUGAUGGACGACAUACUCGUCUACGGUGCGGACGAGGAGGAACACAGCAGGCGGCUGAAUGCAGUCCUCCAGACCAUAAGGCGGUCUGGACUGAAACUGAACAAAGCAAAGUGCCACUUCAGCAAGUCGGAGAUCGACUACUUCGGACACAUAAUCAGCGCAGAGGGCAUGAAACCAGACAAAAGCAAGGUGAGCGCAAUCACUGACAUGCCCAGCCCAAACGACGUGGGACAACUGCGCCAGGUCCUAGGCAUGAUCAACUACCUGGGGAGGUUCUUGCCAGGCCUCUCAACCGUGCUACACCCGGUCACUGACCUGCUCAAGAAGGACAGUGCGUGGGCAUGGGGUGACCUCCAAGAGAGAGCGCUGCAGAAAGCCAAAGAGAUGCUCUCAUCAGCCCCAGCACUGGCCUACUACGACCCCAACCGCCGCACCGUCGUGAGCGCCGACGCCAGCAGCUACGGCUUGGGCGCCACUCUACUUCAGGAGCACAGUGGAAAGCAGCUGAUCGUGGCAGAUGCGCUGUCCAGGAGCCCUCUGACUGGGGCCGAGUCAGAGACAGAGCGCCAUGUCAAGGCGUACGUCGACGCAGUGUUGACAAACAAACCCAUGUCAGCAGAGAGGAUGGAGGAGAUAAGAGGAGCAACGCAGACCGACCCAGACCUUCAGGCCGUCAUCUCCAGGGUGCGGAACGGCUGGCGUAAGACACAUAACUUUCCCUCCUUCUCAGCAUUCUAUCCUGCCAGACACCACCUCUCUGAAGCGAGGGGGUUAGUCCUGUACGACGACAGAAUUGUGAUUCCACAAGCACUGAGAACAGACAUUAUGAAAAAGAUUCACGCCGGUCACCAAGGACUGACAAAGUGCCGCGAGAGAGCCCGGCUCUCCGUCUGGUGGCCCGGCAUCGGAAGCGACAUCAAAGCAACGGUGUCAAAGUGCAAGUUCUGCAUAGAAAACAAGCCGAAACAGAGGCAUGAGCCUCUCAUCACAACGGCCCUACCAGAGGGGCCUUGGCAGAGGAUCGCUGCUGACUUAUGCGAGCUGGAAGGGAAACAGUAUCUGGUAGUUGUGGACUACUAUUCCAGGUAUGUCGAAAUGGCACACUUACCUUCUACAUCAAGCCAGCAGGUCAUUACGCGCCUCAAAGCCAUCUUCAGCAGGUGGGGCAUACCGCUGGAAUUAGUCAGCGACAACGCACUGCAGUUCACUUCAGCAGAAUUCACUGACUUUUGCAAAGACUACGGGUUCACACACGUGACCUCGAGCCCUCACUACCCCCAGGCCAACGGGGCAGCCGAGAGAGCAGUUCAGACUGCUAAAAGACUGCUGAAACAACCCGACCCGUAUCUUGCCCUGAUGAGCUACCUGGCCACGCCCAUUGCAGCAACAGGGGCCAGUCCAGCUCAACUUAUGCUGGGACGUCAAAUUCGCACCACAGUCCCCACAUUGGAGCAAAACUUACAAAAGACUCCAAUAAGCCCUGAACAAGUGAGAGUAAACGACUCUAAAGCCAAAAGAGCCUACGAGUACUUCUACAACCGCAGACACGCCACCCUCCGUCUCCCAGAGCUGCCAACAGGACAGGCAGUCCGUGUCAAACUGGACACAGACAAGGGGUGGAAGACCCCUGCGCAGGUGGUGGCGAGAGCGGAACAACCCAGAUCCUACAUGGUCAAGAUGGACAACGGCACAGUGUUGCGGCGCAACAGGAGACACCUCCAGGCGGUUCCUGAGAUCACCGGGCCUGCUGAGAUCACAGAGCCUCCAGAACCACAGCUACAGCCCGGGACCAGCCCAGCACGACCCGCCAGCAGUCCAGUUCCUGUGAUGGUCACCAGGGGCCAAAGAGCAUCGCCGGGGCCAUCUGCACCAGAGACUACACAGAGUACACCAGCACGGCCUACUCUGUCUGGUGGCACAGCCAGACUGACCUCCAGGGGCCGUGAAAUCCGGACACCUCUCCGGUUCAGACUCAAUGAUUGAUUUUUGACUGAUUCAUUGCUAAUGCCUAACCAUUUUUUUUUACA